UCCCCAUUCAUUGAGGGGCGGAGGCGGGGCCCGGCGGGCCGCGCCGGAGGUGUAAAGCGGCGGCGGGGGAGCGGCGGGGCUGCCUCGCCUCGCCCCUGAGCCCGCCGGCGCUGGGCUGCCCCUCGGCGGGGCGCGGAAAGAGUAAGACAGAACUUCCAUACCCGGGCUGUAUCCAAGGACAUAAAUCUUGAAGGGACAGACUCCUAAUGGCACUGGUUCCACAGGUGUCUCUGAGGAGCUGACCCCACUGCUGGCCAUGCUGGCACAAAGAUGGAGUGUCAAAAAAUUAUCAAUUUUGGAAACCAGCUUCUUCGCCGGAAAAACGUGGACUGCACUCGAGAUGAGAGUCGGCUCUCGCGAUGCCUCAACACAUUUGAUUUAGUGGCUCUGGGCGUGGGCAGCACUUUGGGUGCAGGUGUCUACGUACUGGCUGGAGCCGUGGCACGGGAAAAUGCGGGACCGGCCAUCGUUAUCUCCUUCUUGAUUGCCGCCUUGGCUUCAGUGCUGGCCGGACUCUGCUAUGGAGAAUUCGGUGCUCGAGUUCCUAAGACGGGAUCAGCUUAUCUCUACAGCUACGUGACCGUGGGUGAGCUGUGGGCCUUCAUCACAGGGUGGAAUUUAAUCCUCUCCUAUGUUAUCGGAACCUCGAGUGUGGCCAGAGCCUGGAGCGCGACGUUUGAUGAAAUCAUAGGCCAGCACAUUGAAGAAUUUUGUAAAAAAUACAUGACAAUGGAUGCUCCCGGUGUGCUAGCAAAAUACCCAGACAUCUUCGCUGUGGUGAUAAUCAUCAUCCUAACAGGGCUUUUAAUUUUUGGCGUGAAGGAAUCUGCCCUGGUGAACAAAGUGUUCACCUGCAUCAACAUUCUUGUUCUCGGCUUUGUCGUGGUCUCUGGCUUCGUGAAAGGGUCUGUUAAAAACUGGCAGCUGACUGAACAGGACAUUUACAACACCAGCCGCAGCAUUUACGGAGCCAAUCAAACACAGGAAGAAAAGCUCUACGGUGCUGGAGGGUUUAUGCCCUAUGGAUGGAAAGGUGUCCUCUCAGGGGCAGCCACAUGUUUUUAUGCUUUCGUGGGAUUUGACUGUAUUGCAACUACAGGCGAGGAGGUAAAAAACCCUCAGAAGGCCAUUCCUAUUGGCAUUGUGGCAUCUCUGCUCAUCUGCUUCGUGGCUUAUUUUGGUGUGUCAGCUGCCCUGACGCUCAUGAUGCCUUACUACCAGCUGGAUACCAAUAGCCCUUUACCGAAUGCCUUUAAAUAUGUGGGUUGGGAUGGAGCCAAUUAUGCAGUGGCUGUCGGUUCCUUGUGUGCUCUUUCUACCAGUCUUCUUGGCUCCAUGUUUCCGAUGCCUCGAAUAAUUUAUGCUAUGGCAGAAGAUGGGCUUCUCUUUAAAUUUUUGGCUAAAGUCAACGAGAAGAGAAAAACACCAAUAAUUGCAACAGUGACAUCAGGGGCCAUUGCAGCUGUUAUGGCCUUUCUCUUUGACUUGAAAGAUCUUGUGGAUCUCAUGUCCAUCGGGACCCUCCUGGCUUACUCCUUGGUGGCGGCCUGCGUGUUAGUACUGAGGUAUCAGCCAGAGCAGCCUAAUUUGGCAUACCAGAUGGCUAGGACAACAGAGGAGACAGAUAACAACGAGUCUGUGAGCACCAGUGAGUCACAAGCUGGAUUUUUGCCAGAGGAAGAGGAGAAAUGUUCCCUCAAAGCCAUACUGUGUCCCCCAAAUUCGGACCCUUCCAAAUUCUCUGGCUCGGUGGUGAACGUCUCAACCUUCAUCAUUGGUUUCCUUAUUGUGGGUAGCUGUAUCCUCACUGCCCUUGAGCCGAGCAUUCUGAUAAAGGCUGUAUGGAUUAUUGCUGCCAUCCUUGUUCUUCUUGUCAGCUUCAUUAUAUGGAAACAGCCUGAAAGCAAAACUAAGCUCUCCUUUAAGGUACCUCUUUUGCCUCUUCUUCCUGUUGUGAGUAUUUUUGUGAAUGUUUACCUCAUGAUGCAGCUAGACGUGGGCACAUGGAUACGGUUUGCAGUCUGGAUGGUCAUAGGCUUUAUCAUCUACUUUACCUAUGGAAUAUGGCACAGCGUGGAAGCCACCUAUGCGGCCUCAGCAGAUGCGGAGAGAAACACGGACGCUGGUUCGGACAGCUGUAAAUGACUGCACGUUUGGCUUACGGGCAACUGGGGAAUGGCUGCAGUGAAGGAGGCGUUGCAGUGGGGAUCCUGAACCAGGCUACAUCUGGUUAAUCAGUAAUGCAGGAAUAAGGAAGCAUAAUGUGGGACUCCCCAGCCCUGUUGCUGCAGCUUGCAGUUUGCUUAGUAGCACAGUUAAAAGGGAUCACAAGGAGAAAAAGCCACACCUCUGGCAUACUCCCAGCAACACUGUCAGCUAAUCUGGGGCUAUGCCCUUCCCUUCCUCCCUCUUUUUUUUUUCCCCUCCAGUGUGUAGAAAGAAAACUGCUUCUGUGUGCCAGUUAACCUUAAAUGCUGCUAUGAAACUAGGCCUCACAAAGGUCUUUCUUUCACUAGCCCCGGGAAUUACCUCCCCACAGAGACUCUACCUGAUUAUAGAUGGAGCAGAUUUUGCAGUGCUACUGUCAGGCUUAGACCAGAUCCGUCCUUCACCCGAUGUGAGCUGUACCCCACAUAUACGCACAAAACAAGGCUCUUGCCAAACACCAUCUUUCACCUGGUUAAGAAAGCACCUGCAAGGCUUGCAUUUUUUAAAGUAUCAGGUCUCAUAGUUUUUGUUGUAUUUAACUUUUUUUUAACUAUGUACUCAUAUGCUUUAAAGCGCACCGCUGCUGUGAAAUGUUGGGAGGGUUUGUAGUUGCUGCACAUCGGGUGAAUGGUCAUUUGCCAGCGCGCAGGUAACGCCAGCAGAUGUUUCUGCUGACUAUAGGCUCAGCAGAGGGACUGCCAGGUUUAGCCAUAAAACUCUUUGUUGCAAGUACUUGAAUGGCUUGGGAAUGGGUUCUCCAAAGAGCCGUCCUACCUCGUUGCUUCUUAAAUCACCAGUGGUGUGGCUGCAGUGGUGGGGUGGCUAGCAGAAGUGAGCCCAGCUCUGACAACAAGCAGGGCCCUGUUUUCCCCUCCCCGCAUCAGUUUUGUGUGCUGGACGUGUGGCAUUAGCAAAAGAUUUGUCUGUGAGACUUUGCUUUGGUGUUGGCAGGUGGAGUGUGUUUCUGCCCUGGGAAGGGGAAGCACAGGAGGAUCCUCAGGGGCUUGAACUUCAUCCGUGAGCAGUGCCUGGUGUCUGCCUCCUGCCCAGGGGAGGGUUGUGGGGGUGUGUAGGGGCUUCUUGGUCUCAGUGGUCCCAGUAGAGCUUGCAGCCCAGAAAACACUGCUAAGCUCUAGGGCCUGGCUUGCCGAGAGGAGUUUUCCCUUUGGGGCUAGAGAUCAUCUCCAGUGCCUGGCCAUCGUGAAAGGUGGGAGAUUGAGUUGCGACCAGCGUCUGCGGUUGGUUGGCAAUUGCAGGUAGAGCCUUGUUUUUGCUGUAAGAUUAAUUAAUUUUAUUGUUAUUUUUUAAUUCUCUGUACUAGCUUUCCCCAGCCAAAAAAGGCUUGUUAAAACAUCAGGAAGGUGGACCAUGCCCAUGUAUGCCACUGAUUUAAAUUCACACUUAAGCUUGUAUUGAAAAACAAAUCAUAGAAUCAUGGAAUGGUUGGGUUGGAAGGGACCUUUGAAGAUCAUCUAGUCCAGCCUCCCUGCCAUGGGCAGGGUCAUCUUUCACUAGAUCAUGUUGCUCAAAGCCCUGUCCAACCUGACCUCAAACACUUCCAGGGAUGGGGCAUCCCAAAUAGAUACUGCAGAAGUCCCCUCUCCUGACCUGAGUGGAUGCUGUCCUAGGUUUCCUCCGUGCUACUGCCUCUGAACACCGGACAAUCUUUAAUCUAUUUGUCAGUGUGGCUCUCACUGACAAAGGGAUGGGCUCUUUUCCCCAUCAUUCAGUUGGAGAACUGAAGAACAGACCCCUGCAUGACUUGACCAGGGUCUCACCAGGCAUCUGGUGCAGCAGAAAAGGGAACCAGACCAUCUCCUGGAUUACAUGGCCAGACUGUGGACCAUCUCUCACAGGUGUCCAAGAGAGACUUUAUAGCCUUUCUGCCUGCUGAGGAGUUUUAAUCUUGACCUUCUAGUACACCGAGAGGCUCUUCUUGCCAGGGUUGGAACUGGAGGAAGUGAAGGCAACGUGUGUGUGCGUUGCCUCCCGAGUAUAUUCCAGGGUGCAUUUCGAGUGCAGUUCCCCCCUCAAAAUGAAGUCAGGGUCUGCUCCAGUUGCUGGGUCUUGACCAUCUGCCAAGCCUUUGCUCCUCGUGCAUUUACAAAGUUUUACUCAGGCAGGGAGAGAGGGAUGUCAAAAUUAACAGACACUGGGUUGAGGUCUAUUUUGUUCAAACACAGGCAAGCUCUACACGCUCCACAGCCUCCCAAAAAGCACUGAAGAGGUGGUGGGAGGGGGAGAAAGUGUAAACUCAGAGGGAAGCAAAGUUUCCCGUUGUACCAAAAAUGUAAGGAUGUUUUUCCCUACCUUGGGUACCAGCCUCUGAGCGAUUAAGACAUUGAGCAAUGACCGUUUGGAGGUGAAUUCUAACUGGAAGUGUGUUUCCAAAGAAAAUUAUUUAAAAAUAUGCAGAUUUCUUGCUGCAUGUAACUUUUUUUAAUAUAUUAAUGUUAACUUAUUUUUGUUGUCUACUUAGGGAUCUAUUCUGGUACUUACAUUCCAUACUUUAUUUCAGCUUCUGUGGCAUAUACCAGCAGCACGUAGAAGAAGGAAAAGUCCUAAUGGGGGUCAUUUUUCUUCAGUUGCUUUUUUCCUGAGUAGGUUCAUAGCAAAACCUUUCCGUGUCACCAGAUUUGACAUUUAAAUGUGCCAUCAUCUGUACCACCCCCAGAGCCACCCAAAUUUGCGAGUGGAGGUGAGGUUCUUUAGUGCCUCCCCAUCUCCCACUCCUCCAUCGUGACUUCUUCAACCCAUCAGUUCCCUGGUGGUGGGAGUUGUCGUUCCUUUUGCUGUUUGUUGCUACUCGCCAGAUACAAGGUGGUGAAGGGAACCUGCAGCCCUGCGCAGUGACCGGGAAGCGUAGGUGUCUCCCUGGCUCUGUGCCUACCUGAUUCCCCCAUGUCUAGCUGGAUCUGGGGACCUCCUGGCCUCCUCUUCGCGUGACUUGACCCAGGGAGUGGAACAGUGGGGAGGUGAUGAGUUAGACACAGCUGGUUACUCCUGCCCCAUCCCCUCCUGGCUGCAUCCACCCCUUGCUUCUACGUUUUGUAAGCUGAAAGGCAAAUUUGACUGCCGCUUUCUAGGACAAAGUCAAGGACUUUGCCAAACGAGUGCGCUUUUUUUUUUUUCUUUUUUAUCAUCUCCUCUCCCUCCCUGCUGAUGUCUGCAUGUAACAUAGAUCAAGCCAGGUAUCUUUGAAGACAUGCAACUGCUGCUAUGACCUUGCUGUUGUGGAUGAUAUGCCUUCCUUCAUUUGAGCUUUUCUUUGUAAAUAGUUCAAUCAUUAUUUUAUUGUAAGAAUAUUUUGUACAGAUGCAGAGCAUUUUGCUGUAUGAAGAGGUGGGAAUGGAGAAGCGAUGCCGUUGCUCGGCCUGAGAAUAGGUCCUUUUCUGCCAAAGCUGAGAGACGUAGUAAAAAUGGCUUGCCUGAUCUUUCGGGGCAGGCUCUGGCCCGAAGGACUGACCUUAUUUUAGCGUGUUUGGUUGCUUCCAGCCUGCUCGCGUGGGAGGAACCCUCCGGCAAAGCUCUUGGGAGGGUCCUACCAACUGCUGGUGUGUGGAGGUGUGCAGUGCCGAGGCUGGGGCGUGCAGUUAUAUGGCUAAUCCGGACACAUAGCCAGCCAGCCGUUCUCAAUGGAAAACUGGUGUCUAAACAGCUCCCCCCGCCCCCCCCCCCCCCAUAAAGAAAAAGAAUUGUUUUCUGCAAAAACUACUAGCUUUUGCUUAUUUGCUUACAACUUUCAUUCUUUGGUCACUGAAAAUCAUUACUGUCUGGGUUUCGGCUUCGUUUCGCCCUUUUCCCAUCCCUCUGGAUGUAGUUUGCCGCUGGUUCGGGCAGCGAGUGCCCGUGCUGGGUGUUGGGCAGCUCUGUCGGACACACCAGCCCCAGCCGGGCAUGGCGGGGGCCAGGCUGGGCUGCAGGCAAAGUGCUGAUGGUUCGGAGCCGUUUGUGCUUAGUCGCUGCAAGGGGACCACGCUGGUGAAAGCAUGGCUGGUGCUGACACCAGGCGUUGCUGUUUUAUCGCCAGGGUUUUGGACGGGUGCAGUUUUAGCUGGCAGCGCUUGCUGUGGGCACUCUCACCCAUCGUCCGUCCCAGGUGAAACCAAGCUCCUGUUCAUGGUGUACAGAGGGAGCCUCUCGCUGCCCGCUGCCUCCGAUCCUACAGACUUGGAGACCAGAAGGCAAUAUGAUAGGAUAUGAUGUUUAUAUUUUGUAAAAUCUGCUUCUUUAGCAAUUGCAUUUUACAUCCUAAUGAAUUCCAAUGGGAUUUCAUAAAUUCCCGUCCCCUGAAAGCCCCAUACAAGUGAGCGUUGCUGUCACCUGCCCAAGGGAAUAAGGGCGACAGGCAGGUCAGGCGGGCUGGGGGGACUUGCUUUGAAGGGGAGGAGGAGGAGUGCUGCUGGUUCUCAUGCAGAAGGCUGCCCUGCAUUCCCUCCCCUGCAUGCGCGCCCCUUGGCACCCUCCCCUUUCGAAGGAAGUCUCUUCCCUCUGGCAGAAAAAGCAUCUCUCUUUCUAAAACCUUGUGACAUCCACUGGGCCUGACUUUACCGGGAGGUUCCGUUUCUUCCUUCUCCUUACCAAAAAAUUGCACUUGUUCAAGGCUACAUCUGUGUACACAGGGAACCAACACACGCCACCUCCCCUUUCCACAGGGCCGUCCGCCUGAUCUGUGCAUCCCAAAAGGGAGAUGAAGGCAAAGCUGCCUUGCUGGUGCCAUCAGUUGCUCUGCCCACAGCCAUUUGCCUUGUGGUUUGUCAUUCAUUUCCCACUCCAGCAGCGAUGCCUUCCCCAUAACCCCCGCCCCGGGCUGCCUUACGCUCUGUGUUAUGGUUGCAGCUGGGGUCCCGUGGGGUGUCUGGCACCCAGCUGGAAACCCAGAAGAUCCAGGAACGUCUCUGCCAGCAAGAGCCAGACCUCGAUUUUUCUCAGGGUAUUUGCUCCUGGCUCGUGCUCCGAGACGCGAAGUUCAUCUGGGACCUGGCAGGCUCCAGCCAGCCAGAGGCACCUCUCCCUCUCCACACUGCACAGGGCGAUGGUUUUGGCAGGGUGACUCAUGUUUUUGGGACAACGGUCGGAAGCAAAGUGUUCCCUUGCAGCACAUUGUGCCUUCCAGCUGCGCUGGGUGCAAGGAGCAGGAGGAGCCGCUGGCAGCCCGGACGCGAUGUGCUCGCAAACCUAGCGUGAGUUUGGGUCAUGUCAGUAAAGGGAUUUUUACUGACCGAAGCCAUGGAAGAGUCUGUAUAUUUUUAUUUUUUAACUAUUAAGCAAAAUGUAAAUACCUUUCUGUUGUCUUGUUUGAUGGUCUAUUUUCCUAAUGAUUUCUCAGAAUUUCUUACAGGCGUGAUAAAUAGUUUUAAUGCUUGUUCUGCAAACAAAUCUAUUUUUUAUCUUUUUAAUCUUUGUUUUGGUUUGAUUUUUUUGUUUUGUUUUGGUUUUUUUUACGGUGUCCAUGUAGCGAUUAAAGCCUUAAGUUUUAAAAUGUGAACCUUGCCCCCAGAGCACAGCGCGGGUGCGCAGCUACUUUUUAUCCUGGCGACACUGUAAAUACUUCUCCCCCGGAACGACGCUUUUGGAAGUUGGAAAUUCACUUGUAAUUAUGUGGUACAGCAUUAAAACAUUUUUUCUUGAUACCCAAAUAAAUGGCGCCUAUUGUUUAC